CCUCUCUCUCUCGUCAUCUCUCUCGUCUCUCUCUCUCUCUCUCUCUCUCUCUCUCUCUCCCCUCAUCCAGGCUGGAUUCAGGCUCCUGCAGCCUGGCAUCAGAUGCGUUUUGCGUGGACGCUCCCGUUUCCUCACGUCGGCUCCAUUGGCUUGGAUAUUUAAACCUCACAAGGAAAUAAUUUGAGUGGCAGAGACUUGUGGAGAGGAUGACUGACUAAAACAGAUGGAUUUUUUAAGGUAAUAGGGACUUCAUUGAUGUGAUGAGCCAUUACUGCAGUUGCGCCCUUGUUUUAACGCACAGAUAUUCCGGACUGUGCUGUUGAAUAAACUGUAACUGCAGAUUAUUUCAUCCUUUUUUUCAUCCGAUGUACAUGGUAAAAUCCGACAGAAGAGGAUUUUUGACCACUAAUAGCAGCAUUAGUGAGAAUUUACCCAUGACUUUUAAGUGUCAUUACUUCAUCUGCGGGGAAGAUUUCCAUUUUUGUGGACUUGCUCACAGGAAUCCUCGGGAUUUUUUCCCUCCUUCCCAAGCCGCUUGAAAAUGGACAUUUUAAGAGCAAUUUCUCGCCUGAUAAGAGCCGCACGGAUUUACGUGACCAAAUCAGUGUCGUGAGAAGGUUCAGCAUGUUUCCACAGAUGUAUCGUCCCCGACGCUUCGCCCGCUGGAGGAUGCGCUCCGCCUGAGACACACAGUCAAAAAAGGCACUUGUUAGAAUUCUAGUUUUCAUGCCAUUAUAUAAUUUGCGUACACAAUUUGCGAUUCGUCAUCCAAACACCUCACUGGACGUUUGAAUGAGAUGAUUAAUUUGGACCAUUUCCCUGCGUUCUCCUGCAUGCGCUCUUGUGCGUAAUUACGUUCUUAAGCAUCGGAAAAAAGUCAACAGGUACAAUGCAAACUAAGGAUAUGGAAUUAAUGCAGUUAAUUAUUGUGCUCCUUCUAUUUUGGGUCGGGACAGAGGCUGUCAUCAACCUAAAGUAUGGAAUAAACGAGGAGAUGAAGCCCGGUUCCGUGAUUGGAAACGUGACAAAGGACGCGCUGAAGCAGGGAUUUCAGAUCGCACCGCAGCCCCCGUAUUUGAGGGUGAUUUCUAAUUCAGAGCCACGAUGGGUGGAACUCAGUCCAGCCGGAAUCCUUACAACACAGAUGAAAAUAGAUCGGGAUGUAGUUUGUCGACAGAACCCAAAGUGCAUUAUUUCCCUAGAAGUGAUGUCAAACUCGAUGGAGAUCUGUGUCAUCAAAGUUGAAAUUGAGGAUUUGAAUGACAACGCGCCCAGAUUCCCAACGAGCCAUAUCGACAUUGAAAUUUCAGAAAAUGCCUCCCCUGGUACCAGGUUUCCCCUAGAGGGGCAAGUAUCCGACUCGGGGAUCUUUGGAGUGCAGGUCGUAUUCCAUCACCCCGAUGAGCUUUUUGGACUAGAAAUAAAGACCAAGGGGACGGGUUCUAAAAUUGCUGAGCUUGUGGUGCAGAAAUCAUUAGACAGGGAGACCCAGUCCCACUACACCUAUGAAAUCAGCGCAGAAGAUGGAGGAGAUCCUCCAAAGAUAGGCGCGGUCCAGUUGAACAUCAAGGUAAUCGAUUCUAAUGACAACAAUCCUGUUUUUGACGAGGCCCGUCUAUACUGUAAAUGUGAUGGAGAAACUCCCCCAUCAUACGCUAGUUAUCGAUUUAAUGCCACCGAUCCUGACGAGGGCACUAAUGGAGUUGUGUACUCCUUCAACAGUUACGUCACUGAGAAACGCGGGAUGCGUUCAAAAUUGACCCCAGAACUGCAUCAUCACUGUCAAUGGGGUUUGGAUUAUGAAACCACCCAAAUAUAUGAGAUCGACGUCCAGGCCAAAGAUUUGGGUCCUAAUUCAAUCCCGGCUCACUGCAAAGUGACGGUGAACGUGAUGGAUACGAAUGAUAACCCGCCUGUGAUCAGUUUGCUCUCGUUGAACACGGAGAUGGUGGAGGUCAGUGAGAAUGCACAGCGUGGAUAUGUCAUCGCAUUAGUGCGGGUGUCAGAAGAUUCCGGAGCCAACGGUAAGUGCAGUGCAGGGCUCCAGGGAAAUGUUCCUUUCAGGCUACAAGAGUACGAGAGCUUCUCCACCAUCCUCGUUGAUGGCAGGCUGGACAGAGAGCAAAAGGACACUUACAACCUCACAAUCCAGGCAGAAGACAGCGGCCUCCCUCCUCUACGUGCCACUAAAUCUUUGGUAGUCAAAGUCACAGAUGAAAAUGAUAACCCACCACACUUUCUCAAACCACACUAUCAAGAGAUGGUGAUGGAAAACAACCUGCCAGGUUCGUGUCUAUUAGCAGUAUCAGCAGAAGACCCGGAUCUGGGCAUGAAUGGCACCGUUUCAUACUCCAUAGUUCCUGGUGAGAUUAAGCACAUGGAUGUAAACACAUAUGUCAGUAUAAACCCGUCAGGCCGCAUUUACUCCAUGAGAUCUUUUGAUCAUGAAUAUACAAGGACUUUUGACUUCAAGGUGUUGGCGCGAGACAACGGAAACCCAUCCUUAUCCAGCAAUGCAACUGUGCGCAUUGUCGUGCUGGACGUUAACGAUAACACCCCUGUUAUGACAAACCCGUCGCUGGUUAAUGGCACAGCUGAGGUUUCCAUCCCAAGAAAUGCCGGGGUGGGUUACAUGGUGACUCAAGUGAAAGCCGAAGACUACGACGAGGGCGAGAACGGUCGGUUGACUUACACCAUAUCGGAGGGCGACAGGGCGUUCUUUGAGAUCGAUCAGGUGAACGGAGAAGUACGCUCCACCAGGAUGUUUGGCGAAAAUGCCAAAUCCACCUAUGAGAUCACAGUGGUGGCACGGGACCACGGCAAACCCUCUCUGUCUGCUUCCGCCUACAUUGUUGUGUAUCUGUCGCCCGACCUGAAUGCGCAGGAGUCUAUCGGGCCUGUCAACCUGUCCCUCAUCUUCAUCAUUGCCCUGGGCUCUAUCGCCGGCAUCCUGUUUGUCACCAUGAUCUUUGUGGCGGUCAAGUGCAAACGGGACAACAAGGAGAUCCGGACCUACAACUGCAGGGUGGCAGAGUACUCAUAUGGCAACCAGAAGAAGUCGAGUAAGAAGAAGAAGCUGAGCAAGAACGACAUCCGCCUGGUGCCGCGUGACGUGGAGGAGACGGACAAGAUGAACGUGGUGAGUUGCUCGUCUCUCACCUCCUCGCUCAACUACUUCGACUACCACCAGCAGAGCUUACCGCUGGGCUGCAGGCGCUCCGAGAGCACCUUCCUCAACGUGGAGAACCAGAAUACGCGCAAUGCCGCUCCAACCCACGGCUAUCAGCACCCAUUCCCCAGGCAAGGCCACCAGCAGCCAGACCUCAUAAUCAACGGCAUGCCACUGCCAGAGACGGAGAAUUAUUCCAUUGACUCCAGCUAUGUGAACAGCAGAGCCCACCUCAUUAAAAGCACAUCGACGUUCAAGGACCUGGAAGGGAACAGCCUAAAGGACAGCGGCCACGAGGAGAGCGACCAAACCGACAGCGAGCACGACGUCCAGAGAGGUCACUACGUCGACACGGCUGUCAACGACGUCCUGAACAUGACGGUCCCACCCAAUGUUUGCCAGUUGCCCGACCAAGAUCCCAGUGAGGGCUUUCACUGUCAGGAUGAGUGUCGUAUCUUAGGCCACUCUGACCGCUGUUGGAUGCCACGUGUUCCAGUCCCGGCACGUGCCAAGUCACCUGAGCAUUCCCGUAAUGUCAUCGCUUUGUCGAUCGAGGCCACCACAGUGGAUGUGCCGCACUAUGAAGAUGGCACCACCAAGAGGACUUUUGCUACCUUUGGCAAGGAUGGCCCUGAGGAUGUGGAACGGGGAGAGGUAAAGGGAAAGCGGACUCAGGAGUCUCAGGUGUGUAGCCCCAAGGCCAAUGGAGGACCUGUCCGGGAAGCUGGCAACGGGCGUGAGACAGCCAGCCCCAUCACGUCCCCUGUGCACCUGAAGAGUCCAAUGUCCAAGCCGUCAUCUGCCUACAACACACUGAAAUGCCGUGAUGCAGAGCGAAUCGCCAACCACAGCCUGCUGCGGCAGCCUGAGGGGAAAGACAGUGAGCCGGCUGUUAGGGAGAUCAACACACUUCUCCACGAUGGCCGAGACAAGGAGUCUCCCAGCACCAAGCGCCUGAAGGACAUUGUGCUUUAGCGAGCUUCUCUUUCACAUCAACAUGCACAGUGUAAACUCACAUAUAUAUACCCCGCAAUAGCUGUGUGCACACACAAGACAGUCAGGC